GUCCCUCCGCUGCCGGAGCAGGAGCUUCCCGCCGCCCCCGCGGCCGUCGGCCGGGGCCGGGGCCCCCGCCAUGGCCAAGCUGCUGCCGGCGCAGGAGGCGGCCCGGAUCUACCACACCAACUAUGUGCGGAAUGCGCGGGCCAUGGGAGUGCUCUGGGCCCUCUUCACGCUCUGCUUCUCCAUCCUCAUGGUGGUGACCUUCAUCCAGCCCUACUGGAUCGGUGACAGCAUCGACACGCCUCAGGCCGGCUACUUCGGCCUCUUCUCCUAUUGCAUCGGCAACGCGCUCACCGGUGAGCUCAUCUGCAAGGGCAGCCCCCUGGACUUCGGCACCAUCCCCUCCAGUGCCUUCAAAACUGCGAUGUUCUUCGUAGGCAUCUCCACCUUCCUUAUCAUCGGCACCAUCCUCUGCUUCAGCCUCUUCUUCUUCUGCAACGCAGCCACCGUCUACAAAGUCUGUGCCUGGAUGCAGCUGGCAGCGGCUACAGGGCUGAUGAUUGGCUGCCUGAUCUACCCUGAUGGCUGGGACUCGAGCGAGGUGAAGCGAAUGUGUGGGGACAAAACCGACAAAUACACACUGGGUGCCUGCACCGUGCGCUGGGCCUACAUCCUGUGCAUCAUCGGCAUCCUUGAUGCCCUCAUCCUUUCCUUCCUGGCCUUCGUGCUGGGCAACCGGCAAGACAACCUCCUCCCCUCCGAUUUCAAAGUGGAGGAUAAAGAAGAGGGAAAUGACUGACAGAGCUGAUCACCACGGACAUCCAGAGCUCUUCUUCCAUCAGCCCUGUUCUUUGAAGUGACUCUUCUAGGAAGCUUAAACUUACCAAAUUCUGUGGAUUUUCUACACCUGCUUUCUUCACCCAUGGGGCUGCUCUUGGCUCACAGCUCUUGUGGAGCUUAUUUGGUGGGAAGAGCCCAAAAUGGACACAAGAGUUUUUCUGAGUUUACCAGCAAGAGGGACAAGAGAAGGAUGGCAAUUUGCUGCUUUUGGGGGGGUUUGUAUACCUUCUUUUGAGGACAUUACUUAUGAAUUAAAAAAAAACCACCACCAAAACAUCAGUUUUGGGUUUUGUGCUUGUCUCCUGAGGGCAGAGGAAACCCUCUGCCGUAUCCUAGGUUACCCUUUUACUGGAAAAAUACCAUGACAGGACAAUUCCCAGCUGAGCCAUGAAUCAGUUUCCUGCUCUGAGCAACAAUAACCAAACGCAACCUCUGGAAAAGGGCACUUUUCUGAAAAAAAAAACCAACACAAAAAAACCAACAAAAAAAACAAAACAAAAAAAACCCCCAAACAGCAUAACAAGAAACCAACAUGCUGGGCUGCAGCAGGCUUGGGACAGCACCUGCAAAGCACAGCAGAUGAUGCCAGUCAGCAUCAACUCCCUGCACCACCCAAUUAAUCUGAUUUAGCCUCAUCUCCAUCCCAUCCAACACCCCCCCACGGCAGCCCUUGGCACAGCCCAUUUCUGCAGAAGACAAAGCAGCUCUUACCUGGUCAGAACCCCAAAAUCAGCCUGUAUUAUAAUUUUCAUCUCUACUUGCUGUAGAUUGCUGGUUCCUGCAGCACUCAAUUCAGUUCAGUUCUAACACGUACCUUCCUGUUUUAUGCUUCCCUCUAAAAUAAAGCGUUUGUGAAGGUUUCA